GCAGAUAAGAGAUUUUUGGUGCGCAUUUCAAACGGAUAAAGCAGCAGGAAACGAACCAACCGCAAGAACCAGACAUUUGAAAGCUCAAUCAAUAACGGCCAUCAAUGGCCGCAAUAUUCAGCAUCAGCUUUGCUAGUUCCGCCAUUGGAGCUCACUUCCACAGGACCAAAUUCAAUAAACCCAUGACUUUUGUAAACCCAAUUCGUUGCACGGGUAGACUAGAAUGGGACCCAGAAGGCGUAUUGGGUGCGCCCCAAACAGGUCACAUAGCUAGACUCGAGUUCAAGAGACGCCUUGAGCAAGAUGCUGCUGCCAGAGAAGAAUUUGAACGUCAAGUCCGUGAAGAAAGAGAGCGUCGAAGAGUUCUUCGCGAGUCACGAGUGAUUCCGGAUACAGUAGAAGAGCUUGUGGAGUUUUUUCUUGACACUGAAGCUCAAGAGAUUGAGUUUGAGAUUGCCCGACUGAGACCACGAUUGAACAAAGAGUUUUUUGACCAUCUGCAAGUCGAAGUGGGAAAGCUGCGGUUUUCUAUGACCAAAACUCAGGAAGUGGAAGACAGAUUAAUUGAACUGGAAGCACUGCAAAAGGCCCUGCAGGAAGCAACGGAAGCCUAUGAUAAAAUGCAAGCAGAUAUUGUUUCAACAAAGAAGAACUUAACCGAGAUUUUGACUUCAAAGGAUGUCAAGGCUACUCUAUUGGAAUUGGUUGAGAGGAAUGAGCUGAACAGACCCUUGUUGACCCUUCUCGAUGAAAACAUUGCAACUGCACAUAGUGUUAACCAGAUUGGUCUUUGAUGCAGUCAUUGGCAUAAUAAUUGAUGUGCAAAACCAAUUACGCUGGCGAAAGCUAUUAUCUUGAUGAGCAAGGAUUUUAGCUCAUUGAGCUCAUCUCAUGCAUGAAAUGCAAAGCAGCAAUUACAAGUAAGGACAGGGUUAAGACCUAGAAGUAAAAAAGAUGAAACAAUACAAGGAAAGCGUACCAGACUUUUGGAGUAUGAAAUCUGAGAUAAGAGCUUGCACAUACCAUUGUUUAAACUAAUGUGCCUACAUAACCAGUAAAAGAGAAGAAGAAAAGGAAGGACAUUAUAGUUGGGUUAUUGGAGACUACUCAUUUGGAAAAAUGUACUUUUAAACUUCAAUUAUCUAAAAGAUUGAUAUAAGGUUUAUAGUGUGCAGAAAGAUUUUGAUCCAUGUAAAGUUUUGCUGAAUUAUCUUACUGCAAAAUAUUUGGGGGGAAUCUUGGGCCAACAUUCUCGCUAGCACUCCCAUCAGAGAAAUAGAUCAAUUUUUUGUGCCUCU